GGACGGAGGGCCAGACGGACAGAGAGCGAGGUCCUGGUCUGUGUCCAGUGAGAAGGCCCGUGCCGGCCCCCAAGACAGGUGAAAGGUGAGGCCGGGCCGGGCCGAUGCUGGCCCCGAUCCCCAGCCUUCAGCCUUGGCCCCGUCCCAACUUUCAUUUUCACGAACAGGAAAAUCGAAACUUGAGCUCAGCCGAGAGUUAGUCAGAAGUGUGUCCGUCCAGCCCAUGUGACAGGUUGCUCCUGGCACAUAUAAGCCCUGUCUCCAGGCGGCAGGACAGCCUCGGGGAGCCUGGCCACCAUGUGGAUGCUGGUGCCCGUGGCUUUUGCUGGAAAGCUGCUGAGCGCUUUCAGGAAGCCCCUGCGCUCCCUCUGGAGCGGCCUGGUCCCCUGGGUCCUCUGGCUCAGGGCCACACUCUGGCUGCCAGGGGGCCAGAGCGCCCGGCCACCGCAGCAGCCGGGCCGGGGAGAACCGCAGGAGAGCAGAGGGGACGGCGGGCGGGGCCCGGACCAGCCCACCACCCCCACCAGCGUCAACUACCAUUUCACCCGCCGGUGCAACUACAAGUGUGGCUUCUGCUUCCACACGGCCAAGACGUCCUUCGUGCUGCCCCUGGGCGAGGCCAAGCGAGGGCUGCGGCUGCUGCAGGAAGCCGGGAUGGAGAAGAUCAACUUUUCGGGGGGAGAGCCAUUCAUUCAUGACCGGGGCAAGUACCUGGGCCAGCUGGUGAGGUUCUGCAAGGAGGAGCUGAGGCUGCCCAGCGUGAGCAUCGUCAGCAACGGGAGCCUGAUCCGGGAGCGCUGGUUCAGGACUUACGGUGAAUAUUUGGACAUCCUUGCCAUCUCCUGUGACAGCUUUGAUGAACAAGUCAACGUCCUCAUUGGUCGUGGCCAAGGAAAGAAGAACCACGUGGAGAAUCUUCGAAAACUGAGGACAUGGUGUAGAGAUUAUAGAGUGGCCUUCAAAAUAAAUUCUGUCAUUAAUCGAUUCAACGUGGAUGAGGAUAUGAGGGAGCAGAUUAAAGCCCUGAACCCGGUCCGCUGGAAAGUCUUCCAGUGCCUCCUCAUUGAGGGGGAGAAUUCUGGAGAAGACGCCUUGAGAGAAGCGCAACAAUUCAUCAUCAGCGAUGAAGAAUUUGAAGGAUUCUUAGACCGCCACAAAGAGGUGUCCUGCUUGGUGCCCGAGUCUAACCAGAAGAUGAAAGAUUCCUACCUUAUUCUGGAUGAGUAUAUGCGCUUCCUGAAUUGUAGGAACGGGCGGAAGGAUCCUUCCAAGUCCAUCCUGGAUGUUGGCGUAGAAGAAGCUAUAAAAUUCAGUGGAUUUGAUGAAAAGAUGUUUCUAAAGCGAGGAGGCAAAUAUGUGUGGAGCAAGGCAGACCUGAAGCUGGACUGGUAGGUCCGGAAGUGGACCCAGCCUUCAACGCGCCCGUGGGGACGCUCGCUCGGACCUGAGGUGUGCUGGCCGGGCUCAGCAGGAAUUCCUGCUGCAUUUCUCAACGGCCCCCAAUCCCAUCUUCUGUUGCACCUGCUACCUGGUUCUCCACGGUAAUUCCUGGAUCAUCAAAAUCCACAGAUAAUGCAAAACCCUUAACUUUAGUUAAUUCGCUUAUUUAGGAUUUAGUUUUUUGAGCAGUGUUUUCUGCGACUCCCGUGUUCCUAAUUUUGAAGCUAUUUUUAUCAGACCUUUCAUUUGACAGAGUUGGGGGCCUUUUGUUUGUUUUUUUGUUUUGGUUUUUGUUUUUUGUUUUUUGUUUUGUUUUUUUGCUAAAUGUUGAGAUCGCAAUUUUCACAUCUAGAACAACGACACAAUCCCUCCCCUGGUUAGUCUGCCCGCUGUAACUCUGUCCUUUCUGCCUUCAUACCGUCGUGGUCUUGGACUUUUUAACCCAGAGUCUAGAAAUAGUCAACAGAUGUUUUCAGAGAGCAGGAGAUGAUGAUCUCAUCGGUGUUCAGUAAGGGCCUAGACGGAGAUAGUUCAUCUGCCCACGCUCUGCACGGCCCCUGGCCCAUGUUGACUAUUCCGUGAAUGUUAGCUCUCUCCGCUAGUCCCUUUUCUCCUCCAAGAGUCUCAGCAAAA